UGCUGAUCGCAGGCACAGCAAGCCGAAUAUCGAGCGCAAAAGCGGCAUCGGUCAGGGAUGCGGCGAGGGCAGGCGGGCCGGUCACGUGGCCGGACACGGGCACUCGGCAUACUGACUCCGCUCUCGGGGCGCACGGCGCGGCGCGGUGCUGACGUGCGGGGCAUGCGCCAGCCGCUCAGCAGCGUCGCGCCUCAGACCGCAGCGACCGCCCUCCACUACCCCCUCCAUUGCCCUCAUGAGCCACACUCCGCCCGCCAAGGACAGUGCCUCGGUGCAUUCGCGCGACUCGGGGCACUCGCACCACUCCUUCUCCUCGCUCCUCCCGCGCGUGCACUCGCACGGCAGCAUCGCCAGUGCCCUGCUCGGGCCCGCACUGACCAACAGCACGGGCAUCAGCAUCACCCACGACACGCACAAUCCCUUUGCGCUGGGCGCGCUGGGAGAAGAUGGCAAGCGCAAGAAGUCGCGCAAGAGCAGGCUGGCAAACGCGGGCAGGCGAAGUCUGAGCCCGUUCCGGCACCACAGCAGCAGCUCGAAGCGCAGCAGUAGUGUCGCGCCGCUGCCGAAGGACGACCGGCGAGGCAGUGCUGAUGCGCGCAGCGACACCGACGGCGAGACGGGCGAGAGCGGCGAUGAGCCAGGCGCCAGCUCGAGCCGUCGCCGCAUCGGCUUGACGCCGCGGAACAACGCGUUCAGCGCCGACUCGGACGGCGAUGCCGAGGGCGACGAGGAGUGGGAGCGCGUGCCGGGCGCGGAGGAGGGUGCAGAGGCAUCACCGCGGAAGAGCACGGAGCGGGUGCCGGAGAGCGCGAGUGGCAGCGACCACGAGACUACGGGCGAUGAAGAGACGGAGGAUGAUGAGGACGAGUACCUCGAGUUCGACGACGAGACCAUCGACAACACGCUGCGCAACGCCGGAUGCAUCGGUCUGCACGACGCAUGGCAGCACGAUGCCGAGCCAGCAGGCUACGGUCCCUCCGACUACGAUGCGUCGCACCUCGGCGAGAUGCAUCCCUCAGGGCACGAAGAAGAUGCGCAUCUUGCCGAAGCGCCUAACGUCGUGCUCGGAGAGCAGCAGGCGCCUUCACAGCCACGCACAUUCGGCACGAAGGCGAAUGAGGGUGAACAUGCUCUCACGGCCAGCAGGCCCGUCUUUGAGAGGAAUCGCUGCACCAUCACUCUCGUGCACGGCGAGUAUGAAAAGGCGGCGCGGGAGAACAAGAGGCCGAAGCGAUACGUGGUCGCUAGCGAUGGCUCAGACGAGGCAUCGUACGCUAUCGAGUGGUGCAUCGGCACGGUGUUGCGUGAUGGCGACGAGACGCUCGUUUGCUCGGUAAUGGAGACGGACGCCAAGCUGGAUGCGUCGAACCCUUCGCACGAGGACAAGGCGAACCGGCUGGAGAACCAGAAGCUGCGCCAAUCCAUGGCCGUCAUUCUCGCUCGUCAGGUCACAGCCACGCUGCAGCGCACACGUCUCGGCGUCAAAGUCAGCUGUCAAGCCUUGCACGCUCGCAACUCGCGCCACAUGAUCUGCGACCUGCUCGACUACUACUCGCCGACGAUGUGCAUCGUUGGGUCGCGCGGUCUCGGCUCGCUCAAGGGCAUCUUGCUGGGCUCGACGAGUCACUAUCUCGUGCAGAAGUCUCCUGUUCCUGUCAUGGUAGCGCGUCGUCGACUGCGGCUCCCAGCGCUGCCGCGCGGCAAGAACGACGUGGUAGCGUCCGUACGGCGACGACACAUGUCGCUGGACCAAGCUGCGAUCGAGAAGGACUCGAACGUGGCGGAUGAGGACCCGGACGAGGAGCGCGAGGCCAAGUCGAGCGACGCGACUGGCGCCGACUCUGAGACCAAGGCGGAGACGACGUCGACGGAGGAGUCGGAGAUCGAGCCCUCCUCCUCCUCGGCUGACCACGCCGAUGAGGCGACGACGCCGACGGCAGAGAAGAAGGCAGAGAGCAAGGCAGAGGAGCGCUCUUCCUCGUCGGCGGCAGCCUCAGCAUCAGCAACGGCAUCGACGUCGACGGCGAAGCGCAACGAGAAGAUGGCGCGCGACGUGGCGGCCUCGAAGCAGAAGGUGUCCAGUCCGUGUCCUGAGGACCUGGCGGAGGCAGAGGCGGAACGCCAGCGCAGCAAGAACGAGUCGAAGGCUGCUGCUGCGGCGGCCGCGGCGGCGGCAAAGGCAAAGGCGGAGCAACAGGCGGCGGAAGCAAAGGACACGGACAGUGUGACGGAGCAGAUGGCAGAGACGAAUCUUGGAGAGAGAGGAAGAAGCCCGGAACCGCGCCCGACGGCGGAGACUCCUGCUGCCACGGGAUAG